GAGAAUUCAGCGUAGUCCAGAUGAAAAUCGGAUAAUGAAUACGGAAUUUCUAAACAGUAAAACAAGAGGUAAAAAUACUUACUUAUUAGCUAGGCCUUUGCCUUGACCCACUGAUGUCGACACCCAAAGAAAACGUGAGUUGGAUGGGUGGUUCUUUUCUCGUGCUAUAAAUACCACUCUCAGUCUGCUUCCUACUUCACAUCCUUAGUGAAAAACAGCUCAGAUUUCAGAGUUCUCACUUUUCUUUUUUGUUUCUUAAGAAAAAAAUGGCAUUUCCAAAGGCAUUUGCAGCUUUGCUUAUUGCAUCAUUUGUGCUUGUCCAUUUCACUUAUGCCCUUCAACAGGGAGUUAAGCCACCAGCACCAAGCCCUCAACCUCCAAAGCCAAUAGAAUGCAUAGGAGCUUGUAAGUAUAGGUGCAGCAAGUCAUCGAGGCAAAAUCUAUGCAACAGAGCCUGUGGAAGCUGCUGCAACAGAUGCCACUGCGUACCACCAGGGACCUCGGGAAAUUAUGAAGCAUGCCCUUGCUAUUUCAACCUUACUACUCAUAACAGCACCCGCAAAUGUCCUUAAAAUUCAUCUGCUUAUGUUUUCCAAAUUUAUAAAAUGUAGUAUUGAAUAUUACUAUAUGUUGUGUAGCGAUAAGUAUGCAGUUGUUUAUUUUGAAAUUUAAUUCAAUAGUACUAUAUUGUGUAAGCAAGGUUCAGAGUUUUCAAUGCAGUAUUAAUGGAUGGAGUACUACUAAGUAUUAAUUUGAUGGAUA